AGGAAUUGAGUCUCGCAGGUCGACCUGGGAUGCUGAAUUAGCGGAUUUAGAUAGACCGUGUGAAGGCGUCACCGCCAACAAUCGACUUCGCAUUAUGUUCGUGCCGUGCAAGGCGCAUCCCAGAUUCCACUAAUCAUGCCAGAUUCGGAUCCGCCCAGGGCCUUGGAAAAGUCACUCAACGAGGCGAGGAAUGCAGAAGCUUGUUGCCCUCCGAUCUCGUAGCUGCGGCCCUUAGGGACUUGAAUGGCUCUUUUGGCAGCCGCCACUACCCGCUUAGCGACGGUGGCCGUAGAAGUCAUAGUGUCUGGUAUACCUUCAAGAUCAAGCAGGUCUUGCGCGAUCGAAUCGCCGGCCAGCUCUCAUAUUAUUGGGAGCAAGUUACGACAUUCAGCAGAUACCGCGCGAAGAAUGCUUCGUUUGUUAUGUGCCUCAACUGCCCGAGCGAUAUGCGGAAAGCUCUGCAAAUGAAGCUCGGUGCCUGUGAUGCGCAUACGAUAGCGAAGUGGCACGAGAUAUUCCUCGAAACCGUAAGAGACAUGUACGAUCGGUCAGUGUGGUCCCUCCGCGACUGGGUCCGGAACGCAGAGCGUGCUCGUAGGGAUUCGAACUACUCGCCGAAUUGCGAAUUUCUUCAUGAGAUUGCGCGGCAUCUCAUCCACUCCAACGAGACGCUGGAUGUGGCGCUUGACACGACGGAGUGUGUCCAGAAGUACUGCAGACGAUUCGCAGUAGCGGCUUCCACAAGCCCGAAGCAAAGGGAGCAAAAUCUGGAGGGUCUGGAGCGGCUGUCUGUGCUAGGGAAAGAUAUGAAGGGAAUCAAAAGGCGAUCAGAAUCUUUGAGAGAAAGAUUGCAGAAUGAGAUCAACCUGGCGUUCCAUUUAAUUGCGCAGCGCGACAGUCGCAUCACACUGCAAAUGGGCGAGGAUUCGCGAAAAGACAGCAACAAUAUGCGCUCGAUCGCAAUCGUCGGCCUCGUGUACCUCCCCGGAACCUUCGUAUCGGGCCUCUUCGGGAUGAAUUUCUUUGAUUUUAAUGUUGACUCAGGCCGACAAACUUGGGCCGUGUCAGAGAAAUUGUGGCUGUAUUGGGCGAUCACGGUGCCCCUCACGCUUGCGACGAUCCUGCUAUGGGUUGUGGCGUUCCAUGGCGAUGCAAUCACGAGGAGGUUGAGAGCGAGAUGAAGGACGAUAGGAAAUAGGAACGAAGGGAGGUAAUGGAAAGCCUGCCUAUUCAGAUUAGUUUUGAGAUAGAUUUAGGGAGCGCUUUAGCGGGUUGUCGUCGGUUUAACAUUUACCAAGCAUAUCCGCCUUCUCUCUUUCUCUCCCAAACUUCAAAUAGCC